AUGACUACAACCAGCCUAGGGUUUGGAGGGAUCUGCAGAUUCAACUGGUGGAUAAUACGAAAACAUCUCAUCAUGGAUCUCGUCGACGGCGGCUGGUUGACGCCACCAUGUCAGCUGAUCACUACUCGUUUCCCUCAGGACACGCGUCUCGUAUCUUCUUCGUCGCUGCUUCCGUUCACUUCUUUACGUAUCCGUCUCCCAUGGCUUCUCCGGGAUACUCUUUCUUGGACGGGGGGGGUGAGGGGUGGUGGAGAGGGAGAUGUGAAUCUGGGAAACGGUGACUGCUGUGUCGAGGAUUCUGUUAGGGAGGCGCAUUACGUGCUCGAUGUAGCUUCUAGUGCUUGCUUGGGUGUUUUAGAAGCUUUCUUUGCUCUUCGAAUCUUGUAUGAAAAUCUUGUGUGA